GGCACGGCGCAUGCGCCCAGUGCCGCGCUCACGAUGGUCGAUCGCAACGAGGUGGUGAUGUCGCGCGUGCCAAUUUUGGUGAUCCUAGGCGCCACCGGGUCGGGAAAGUCACGGCUGGGCAUCGAGCUGGCGCGCCGCUUCUCCGGGGAGAUCAUCUCGGCCGACAGCAUGCAGGUGUACAAAGGCCUGGACAUCGUUACCGCGAAGGUGACCCCGGCGGAAAGAAAGGCGGCGCCGCAUCACAUGCUGGACAUCGUGGAUCCGCUGACCAACUUCUCCGUAAUCGACUUCAGGGACAUGGCCCUACCAAUCAUAGACAACCUGCUGGCCAGGAGGAAACUGCCGAUCGUCGUCGGUGGUACGAACUAUUACAUAGAAUCACUGCUAUGGGAGAUCCUUCUGACUGAUCCGAAAGAACCGUCGGUGCAAGUCGAUUCGGGCGCGACCAAUCCGAGCGCGUCGAUCGAGAACAGAUCGGACGACCGAUAUAAUGUACAAGUUGAUCGACUGAAUGACGGCGACGAUGACGAGACGGCGCCGAAGAAGUUGAAAUUCGACGCGAGAUUAUGCGACAGCAGCAACGAGGAGCUUCACCGAAGACUGAUGGAGGUCGAUCCGGAGAUGGCGAACAAAUUGCAUCCCAACAACAGGCGGAAAAUCAUAAGAUCUCUGGAGAUUUUCCACCAACAUGGAAAAACGCAUACCGAGCUUCUGAAAGUCCAACGCAGCGCCGGUGGCUGCGGAUUAGGGGGGCCUCUGAGAUACCCGAACUCCGUUAUCUUGUGGCUGCGCUGCAAUAAGAAGGUCCUCGAUAGCAGACUGAACGACAGGGUCGACGGCAUGAUGGAGGCCGGUUUGAUGCAGGAACUACUCGACUUUCAUCGCGCAUACAACGAGCAACGGAUUAAGUCCAACACGUCACCCGAUUACACGAAAGGCAUCUUCCAAACCAUCGGCUUCAAGGAGUUUCACACUUACCUCAUACAGUCCGAGGAGGAACGCGCGAGCGAAAAGGGGAAAAAAUUAAUGGAACAAGGAAUCGAUGAUUUAAAACUCGUCACUAGGAGAUACGCAAAGAGGCAAGAGAAAUGGGUGAUGAACAGACUGAUUCGGCGUGGUGAUCGACAGGUUCCCCCUGUUUAUUCUUUAGAUUGCACCGACGUGACAAACUGGGACAGUGGCGUCUUAGAACCUGCGACAGCAAUCAUUUCCGCAAUAUUGCACGGCGCAAAACCCAAACAGCGACCACUAAACGAGAAUUUUGAGAAUCAAAAGACCACCGAUAGUAGUACAAAUAUAUAUAAUUAUUGCAAGGUAUGUGAGAGAGUAUUUGUCGAAGAGAAUCAAUGGCAGAUUCACUUGAAAAGCGCGAAACAUAUGAGGGUCUUGAAAAAGAAGGAAAGAAUAGCUGCGAAUAUACAACCCCAGAAAAGUCACAAGCUGAUUAGCUCGUGACAAAUAUCAAUUUCGCUGUGACAUUGUACGAAUAUUUUUUGUGUUUACCAAGCCAUUAAAACUGUGAUUAUCUGCAUAUUUUGGUAAUAAUUAUCCUGUAAAUAAUUAUUUGAAAAUAAAGUUGAUUUUUUUU